CUUUCGGCCCCGGGAGUCCUCCCUUAACAAGAUCUGUCCCAGCUCGCCGGUCCGCCACCAGAUGCGGAGAGAGACGCCCGGCGCACCAGGAGGGACGUCACACUCACUGCCCCGCCCUCACGUCACUUCCGGGACGCUUCUUUCGUGGAGGCUUGUGGGUAGCUGGCCGGGGUCUCCUGGCGACGACGAUGGCGGGGGAUGUGGGCGGUCGCAGCUGCACGGAUUCGGAGCUGCUGCUGCACCCGGAGCUGCUGUCCCAGGAGUUCCUUCUCCUCACCCUGGAGCAGAAGAACAUAGCUGUUGAAGACAUAAGAAUAAACAAAGAUCUCACUGAUCUUUAUGUUCAGCACGCUAUUUCCUUGCCUCAAAGAGAUUUGCCAAAGAAUAGGUGGGGGAAAAUGAGAAAGAAAAGAGAGCAACAUGAGACGAAAAAUGAGACUAAAAGGACUAGCACUGUAGAUGGGUUAAGGAAAAGACCCCUCAUCGUGUUUGAUGGAAGUUCAACAAGUACAAGCAUCAAAGUGAGAAAGACAGAGAAUGGCGAUAAUGACCGGCUCAGGCCUCCCCCUCAGGCAAGCUUUACCAGUAAUGCCUUUCGAAAAAUUGUCAAAUUCCUCUUCAAGUGUUUCACCCUAAUUCUGUCUUCCAAUUUGCCUAUGAACAAUAAAAUGGAACACAAUAAUAAUGACACUAAACAGAACCAUGACUUAACGCAUAGGAAAAGUCCUUUGGGUCCUGUGAAGUCCCCACCUUUGUCCCCUGUUGGAGCUACUCCUGUGAAGUUAAAGCGAGCGGCCCCUAAAGAAGAAGCUGAGGCUGUGAAUAACCUGAAGCCCCCAGAAACAAAGAGGAAGAUACAGCAUGUUACAUGGCCUGAAGGAAAGUUUCCAAAAUUGGGAUGGAAAUCAGUGGUGCGUACAUGAACCUGGAGUCUCAAGCCGGAGCCUGCAAGGAGCCUCCAUGGCACUCGCUUCAUGUGACCUGCCGUGGAAACCAAGCUGUGAUAUGUCGUAGCUCUAUCAUUAAAAGUGAUGACUGAGUGCUAUCAUUAAAAGCCACAUGUGGGGCACCUGGGGGAGCUCAGUCUGUUAAGCGUCUGCCUUCAUCUCCGGUCCUGAUCCCAGUCUCCUGGGAUUGAUCCCCCGUGUUGGGCUCCCUGCUCAGCAGAGAGUCUGCUUCUCCCUCUCCCUCUGCCCCUCCCCUUGCUUGCGUGCACUCUCUCUCUCUCUCUCAAAUAAAUACAUUCUUAAAAAAAAUAAAUAAAAUCCACAUGUGAUACUCAGACAUCCCAUUUAGCAAUUUAGCAAUUUUCUGAUCUGAUCUCGCAUUUCCUUUCGAGUAACUUAUCAUUUGAUAUGUUUACGUGAUUUCUUCAAGGAGCUCAGGAAGUCCUAGAGAACCAGAAACACUGUUUGGCUCAUCCCAUCCCCCACCACCAAGCCGGAGUCACAGUAUUCAGUAUUUGUUAAUG